CCAAAAAAAUGUAGCGAUGUGUCCGAUCUAAUUUUAAAUGAAAAUGGAGUAUGUGGCCUGAUUAGCGAGCGUACAUCUGUGUCUCAAAUGGCGGGGUCCUAAACUUAGUGCGCUCAGCUCGCUGGGGGAGCUGUGCUGUUCCGAGAAGUUUGUCGAGGGCGAGUUUUGGCCUGAGAAAGUUGUCUUCGACUUAACGGGGGCAUUUUGGGGCCGGUUUGUAGUUGGUGUUGCCACUCUGAGCCUUCGUUUGUUAGGGAAUCAUGUGGUUGUCGGAGGAGGCGCUGAGGGUUUUGGUGGUUUUCUUGUCGUUGUGUGUAUCGGAGCGGUAUGUGGUCGCCGGCGCUUUCACACAGUCUCUGGACAGCGACUUCACUUUCACCCUUCCCGCUGGCCGAAAGGAAUGUUUCUUCCAAACCAUGAGAAAAGACGCCUCGUUGGAAAUUGAAUAUCAGGUUCUGGAUGGGGCCGGACUGGAUGUGGAUUUCUACCUGUCCUCUCCCAGCGGUCAUGUCGUAGCCUCGGACUUCAGGAAGUCUGAUGGUGUUCACACAGUUGAGACCGAGGAGGGAGACUACAUGUUCUGCUUCGACAACACAUUCAGCACAGUAUCUGAAAAGAUCAUCUUCUUCGAGCUGAUUCUGGACAACAUGGAUGACGGAGAAGAUCCUGAGGACUGGAAACAAUACGUGCAAGGAGCUGACCUACUGGACAUGAAAUUGGAGGACAUCAUGGACACUAUAAACAGUGUGAAGGCUCGCUUGGGGAAGAGUCUUCAGAUUCAGACGGUGCUGAGGGCCUUUGAGGCUCGAGACCGCAACCUGCAGGAGAGCAACUAUGAACGCGUCAACAUCUGGUCCUGCACCAACGUGGUGGUGAUGGUGGUGGUGUCCUGCAUCCAGGUCUACCUGCUGCGCAGCCUCUUUGACGACAAGAGGAUAACACGCACGUAGCCCCCACCCCACUGCCCUGCUAACUCUGGGAGGAAAAGAAAAAAGAUCCCUUCAUCCGGGACUGAAGAUGGACACACAUUUUCUCUCUUUUCUCCCUCAGUAGAGCCUUUACAUCCCUCCCCGCCUUACUUUUUCAACACUUGUCUACUUUUACCCCCAUGAAGACAAUCCAUUUCUACGAUAGCUGAACCGAGGACACCUUAGGACUUUCUUAGCCAAUGAAAUAAGAGCUAGAGGUCUCUAAGCUGCUAUGUGUGAUGGAGAUUUCCCAGGAAGCAGGAUCACCGGGGGUCCUUUUUUAACACGAGCAAAGAAUCAAUAGACUGAUACUGAUAUUUUUGCAGUUUCUUAUAAUACAGUUUUUAGAAUUAAGUUUCUUUACCCCAUUAAAUAAACUAACUGUAUAAGAUAUUUCGGGCACUGACACACAGCUACACUGGCUUACAAAUUUUAUUCCUGAACAGCAAGAUUAACAUGGUGAAUGUGAAGUAAAGUGUGGAGAAAAUGUUUAAUGUUGGGGAAAUAAUGUCUGUUGGACAGUUUGUAUUGCCUUUUUUUCUGGUGGUGAAUCAUCCUGCUUUUUUUUUUUCUUCAAAAACACUAGCAAAGCUAAACUGUGUAAAUAAGCUCUCUCUCUCGCCACCUGGUGUGAGUCCACUGUGCCAAACCCUUUGCUAUGCAUUAAGUUAUUUUGCCUGUGUACUUUGAGUCCCAUAGGGAUACAUGCUGCUUUAAGUUUGAACCCCUGCCUCCAGACAAAGGUUUACAAUAUGGCACAAGGUCUGACCUGGUGCCAGAUGACAACACUUCUUAGAAAAUGCCCCCUGUGCCAGCUGCUCUGAUUGGGGACAUGCUAGUAGGAUUGCACCGAGGGCUGCUUUUGGCCCAGGCUCAGCGCGGAGUGAAGGGAAAAGGCGUUUGCCUCUUAUAAAUCACCACAGUCUGGAGCGCCAGUGUGCUUGACCUACAAGCAGUUCCUCUAGCCUCGCUGACAGCAGCUCCAAUUACAAUCGCCUGGCAGGCAGCAGAGCAGAGGGAGUGAGCCAGGUGUUCAGUGUUUUGAAGUGAUUAAUGAGAGCUUUCUUCACCCUUUGUAUUUCAGUUUUGGCAUGUGUGUGAUUCAUAAGGGCAGCGUUGCUUCUUAAAGGAUGUGUAGAGUAUGGAUAAGAGCUGUGUGAGAACCUGGCAUAUCUCUCAUGUGAAAAUAAAGGUCUUUGGUUGGUCAGACCCCACCCAGGGGAGGCUUUGCAACUGUGAAAUAGCAUCAUGUAUUUCACCAGUCUGCCUAGUGAUAGGCUCCUUGUAUAUAGGCUGGUUCUCAGAUGAAAAUCACUACCAAACAUUUAUAGAAAGACGGCAGGGAUGAGAAUUUGGGUUAGUGCACAUUUUACCUCAACACCCUAAGGGCUAACAUCUCUCAGAGCUUUAGAUUUCAGCAAGCAAAUAAUGUCAAAUCCUACUCAGUGGAUAAACUUCCAUGUUAAGGUUUUGUGAUUUCUCACAUAUUAUACAGUUCUUACAUGGCCAGCUUCAUAGAAAAGCAGUCAUCUGGUGGAAGGUGUAUUGUAGGGGUGUCCAAUGUUGUCCCUAAGGGGCUCCUGUGGCUGCAGCUUCUCAUACCAAACGAGCAGGAAGGAGCACAGCUGGUUCUACUUGUUUAAGCAGUUUACAUCAGUUUUAACCAACUAGUUUUGUGAGCUCCUGAUUAGCUGGAACGAAAACCCACAUUCACACCAGACGUGAGCAGAUAAGAUUGGACACCCCUGUUAUUUUAUUUUAGUUUGUUUUUUUGGGGUUUUUUUAUCUGUUACAUCUGCAGCCUUAUAUUGCCCCCUUCUGGAGGUCUGGAGCAAGAGCUUCCUAAACACUACAAAGCAUUGAAAUGUACAUUCACCAGUAGUGUUCUAUAUGACUGCCUGAGAAAAGCACUGAAAAAAGCAUUUGUGCCAUUCAUAUGUUGAUAUUUCACAUUCUGAACUUGUGCCAAUAACACUUGAUUCCUGUGGACUGUGUUCAGUUCUACCUGUUUGUAUUCAGUCAUACAUAAGGAACCCUUUAAAGUUUCAUUUAUACAAA